UUCACGAACGAAGAAACCCUUAACUUCUCGUGCAGUAAGCUGGCAUUCGCUAUUCAGCAGUAAUUCUUAUCUAUUCGAAUGUGACAACCCAUUUUAAUAUUCAUGCGGUAUUGUUAAAUCGACAAAGUAAAAAGUAUUCCUUUUGAAGUACCAAGAUUACAAAAGUACGAAGACUCCUCAAAACCAGCAAAAGUCGUUCGUAGAAAGACAUUUUUUUUUCAACUCUUUGAUCAUUCAAUGUUGUUGGGCACUAAAGAUGUCUGUAAUAAAGUCCCCGACCAAGGCUGUCAUGGCUUCACUUUUGAAGAAUAUUUCAGAUCUAAAGAAUGAAAAGAAUCCCAAGUCCCAUUUGAUGAUUUAUGAAACAUUGACUCAGUUAGGUGCUAAAAGUUCUCUAUUCAAAGAUGAGUCAUGCAAUGAUAGUCUGCAUUCUGUUGCGAUACCAGUGACUCUUCAAGAUAUCUCUACUGGGAAUGAUAAUUUAGUGCUGGCUGCACUUAGUUUUUUGGGAGGCUUGCUGCAAGUGGUGAAAUUCCCUUUAGACAAACAAUUGUUGGUUGUUGAAGUACUAACUGAAAAGCUUGGCAAAGUUUCUGAAAAAAACCUAUCAAGAAAGCUUAUGUGGAGCCUUGCCAACAUUCAAUUUGACACCCAGCUUCCAGAAUCACAUUUAACAAAAAUGCUCAAGGCAUCCGGUUUGUUCUUGCAAGAAAAUCCUCCUGUUCUGUCACUGAGCACAGUUUGCGAAUCUUUGAACGCCUUACGGAAUAUGGGAGUGAGAAACAAAGAAUAUUUCGCAAAGAAUUUACCGAUGGUUCUGACUUUUGUGAUUCCGUGGCUAUUCAACGAAGCCGAUCGAAUUCGUGAGCUUUCUCUUGGCUGUCUUGAGCCAUUUACAGCCAAUAUAGCCAAACAAAGACUACUUGAUACUUCAUUUCAAGUUCUCCUUAGGAGUAAGUACUAUGGUGUAUUGUCGCAACUAGUCCUUGGUGAAUCUGUUGACAGCUUGAAAAUCUGGAGUUUCCUCAUUCAAGCUUUCGGAACCGAACUCCACGAAUCUGUUUCUUUGCUUAAUGAGUUGCUGAAAAUGGAAGAGAGUGCCUUAAAAUGCAAGAAUCCGGUCUAUCGCCAGUGUGCCUUGGAAUAUUGGAAGUACAUCAUUGAUUGUUUCGCAUUGAAUGCUGUCGUAUUGAACAACUCCAAGAGAAUAAAACUGGUGCUAGUGCCACUCAAAUCAACAGACACACGCACGGUAGAUUUCUCAAAAACCAAAAUUGAGCUAUGGUGGUAUUUGCUCAACAGACUUGGACCCGACGCAACUCAUCGUUUUCAAGAAGUGACAUUGCCUCUUCUCACUUUCUGCUUUGGCGCUCAGGAUGAAAAACAACAAACUAAAGGAACGGCUCUCGUUUUCUCCAACAUCUUGCCCUUGGCAACAACCGUUUUAGCUGGAAUUCUCUCACUUGAAACGGAAUUCAAAAUGAAACCGACGGAUACUGUUGAGCUGUCUCGCUCUUAUCCCUACCUUAGUCCUGAAGAUUUCCGUUUGAACGUCGACAACUUCCGUCGAUUUUCUCUGCUGACCCUUAAUUUAAAACCAACAUCGGAAAACACUAACGGAGUUUACGAGCUUGUCAUGCGAUCCUUCAUCGAACGAUGCUGCUCUUCUAAUCUAACAGAACCACUAAAGGUGUUUAUUCACGACCUCAUGAAAAUCAUUACGUCUAAACCAGCACUGAUGGAAGUCGUCUUUGACGUGCUCACCGCAGCCUUCAGCUUUUCUCUUGUAACGGAGCUGGUCACGGAAAAUAUGACUUGUCUCUUGCAAUGGUUUGUUGAAAAUGAGCCCCUUCCUGCACACCCACUCGUCCGUUUCCUCUCCAAGUUCUUCGAAGCCGCAAUUAUUUGGAAUGUAGCGAAAUUUACAGCGAAGAUUACUGACACACUGCAAAACUUAAGCCACUCCAAAGACCAAGAAUUCAAUGCAUCAGCCGUUGAACUGUGGAGUAAAUUUGCGAGUGCUCUGAUUGCUAAGAGCCACGUCAUUCAUUUGCCUAAUGCCCACUUGCAAUCACUUCUACUACCUCUUACCUGGUCUCGUAUCGAGUCAGACGAGGGCGUCUUCCUCCCGUGGUCUACGCUCUUAUCAACAUGGGCGAAAAAAGAUUCUUCAGUCUUAGAAAAAGUACUGAAUCCUCGAGGAUUGGACGAAGUUGAUGUCGAGGAAUCCACAAUCCAUUCUGUGCUAUCAGCUCUUCGCUCAGAGUUAUCUUCGCAUUCAAAAGAAAUUUCUUCGUGGAUCAAACGCUGGACAGCAUCUUGGAUUAAACUCGCUGACAUUGCAGAGAAUAAGAAGAAAUGUACGGAUUUGUUCGUGAAUUUUCUGUCUACGGUAAUCGAGGAGCUAAAAGUAGAGGGGAACCCCGAUUUAUUACUGACACAAGUGAAAUCGUGUCUUCAAGGAAACACUCUUUCAAAAGAAGUGUCGGACAUUCUAUAUGGAAUAUUCGGUCCUGCAGCCACCGCUUUUAAGACACCAAAUGUUCUGAAGUUGCGCAAACAUAAUAAUAUUUGCAAAUUGUUUUCAACUCUGGUUCAACGUAACCUUCUCCCGAGAAACAAGCAAAAGCCCAAAGCCCUCGACGAUUUUGUUGUCAUUCAAACACCCGAAAAGAAAAAGCGUGUGCUGACGGAGCACCAGAAAGAGGUGAUGCGAUCCAAGAGACGAUCAACAUGUGGUGUACCCGCCAUGUAUAACGACUUGUCCCAGAGUAGUCAAACCACAGAUUCAAUGGAUACUCAAUCCGUAAGUGAAUUCUCAGUUUCUGCAGCUGCUUCCAGUUUAUCUGUUCUGAAAGAAGAAGACGCACUUCUUGAACCUCCGGUGGUUUUGCAACAAACAGAAGUUUUGAACGAAUUGCCCGGUAAUGGAAACCAAAUUGUUGGUCCUGCAAAAACAGAUGAUCCUGCUACCCUCAGUGAAAUGUUACAGGUAGAUUUGAAGUUAAGAAGCAAAGUCAGCGUUCAAGUGGAUAAAUUGCCAUCCCGCCGAUCACUUCGUCGAUCCUUGCCUUCUUCAGCCACUUCGUCCCAAUCUCCUUCAUCAACAGAAGAAUGUAUGGAAGUAUUUCAACGUCCGGGACCAGCUUCAAGGAAAAGGGGAUAUAAAAAGCCUGUUGCUGUUGAGAAAGAAGAAGAUAAUUGCGUAAUUGCAACCACUUUGGAGCCACGAAUUGAUGAAAGUCAUGACAAAGAAAAUGGAUUGGCCGAUACUCAACCGACUCGAACUUCCACCUCGUGUUCCAGCUCACCUCGUAAAACUCCGCCUCUGGAACCUUCUCCUACUGCGGUUGACAAGCAAGAGGAUUCUACUCCGCCCCUCGAACCCUCUCCUACUGGAGUUGACAAGCAAGAGGAUUCUCCUCCGCCUCUCGAACCUCCUCCCACUGAGGUUGACAUGCAGGAGGAUUCCCCGGUUACAUCUUCCAUUGUGCCUGACGGGCCGAAAGCUGGUCCGAUUCCAGCUAGUGAUUGUGACAUAGAGGAAGUUGCAACUCCCCAAGUGAUGGAACCUAGCGCCGAAGUGAAACCUGUACCUAAAAGCGAAAAAUCUGUUAGCGACGACCUUGUUAACGAUUGGGAGGACAGCGAUGAAAGUAUGGUGGUUGAUCCCAAUGUGCCUGAAAUGCCAAAAGAGGUUACAAGUGAGACAUCAAUUCCAUCUACUGAUUAUAUUGAAGCCUCCAAGGAAAAUUCGACGUCUAUUGAAAAUAUUGAUCUAACUUGCACGUCGAAGACGGACGAUGAGAAAGUUCCUGCUGUUGACGUAAUUUCUGAAACAACACCGUCUGCCAUUCAAGUGGCCGAAGAAACAAAUAUCGUGGAAGCAUCACCUUUAACGUCUGAGCAACUGAAAUCAUCGAAUGAUAAUCCUUUAUUGGAAAACAACAACGUUGAAUCUUCAGUUGAUUCUGUGCACCCUGAAACAGUUCAACAGAAAAUACCAGUCGUUCCAUUGAAGAGUUUGAUUAAGUCUUUCAGCUUACGUUCGAAAAAAGUGAUUGUUCCAAAGAUUGUCGGGCCGUCUCCUAGCAGCGGGAAACGUGGAGCUCAUAUUUUGGAGCUCUCAAGAAAAAUACAGAACGAACCUCCCAAGAAGAAAUCCAAAAGAGGAGAAUCUCCUCAGAAGGAAACAGUGGAGUCCACAGUUAGUAGCGCCUCUCUGGGGGAAGUUGUUGUUACUCCGGAAGGAUCUCCGGCAAGAACUGCUCCAUGGCUUCCUCGCACCUACUCACCCUACGCUAGUCCCAGUACUGGAAUCUUGAAAAAGAGAGGACUUCUAGAAGAGUCUGAAGAUGCUUCAGAGAAUUGUUGCUCACCUGCAUCUAGCGCGUCCAAGUCCCGCCGUGUUAGCUUUGCCGAUCCGGAAGUCUCACACAGCGUCAAAAUAUCGCCAAUUAAAAAAAAACUAUCAAGAAUUCGCACGCGUCGUUCGUUGAUUAGAACCUAUGAUGAUUCUCUGUCCGAUCAACAACCUACAGAAGAAUUGAUCGGAAAAUUGGAAAAUGUGUCCGAAUCUUCAGAGAAAUCUCCUGACGAUGAAACUGUUUCGGCCAUCAGUGGAAGUAUUACUGCAGAUCCACAAGCUUCUUCGUCCAUAGAAGAGCAUACUUCUGAUUCGAUUAUUGUCACUCAGGAAACGAACUCGCAAACCGAUAACGAAGUGUCACAGAUUUUGACAGAAAAGAACAGCCACUCAUCAGAAACUCAAGAAAUUGUGGAUUCGGAAGAACUACAGCGAACGGCUAUUUAUCCAGCGGCCACUGACUGUAUCGAUUCUUUGGCGCUAAUUGUCGAUCGAGUGACGUCUCCUACAUCGAAAGGUCCUAUAUUGGCCGUUCUCGAAAAACUUGGGGUCCGCACUAUCGGAGACUUCUGCGCCCUAUCUGAGACUGACAUCAAAGGACUGGAUUUCAAAUUGCCUCAACAUGAAACGAUCAAACAGUUUUUAGAAAGCCAUUUCGCCAGAAAAAGUUCUACGAGAAUUGAAACACAACCACUUGAGCCAGAAAACUCCAGCUUGAACGAUGCGAGCCCAUCAAGUGCGGAAAAAGUUGAGUCUGAAGUGGUCAUUCUGUCAUCAGACGAAGGAAGAUCCGACGAUUUGAUCAAAUCGUCUGAUGAGUUGAAAAGCGAGGAAUCCAAUAAAACACCUGAUUCAUCUCCUAACGGACAGAUCAUAACUGACAGUCCAGAAAUGCUUUUCUCAUGCCCGUUGAGCAGCAACGACAUCAACAGUUGUAGUGUGCUAGCUAGUCCCGAGACAUCAGAUGAUUGUGACGAGGUUACUGACGAUCUCAUGGAAAUAUCUCCCUGUAGAGAUGAGGAAAAGUUACCCGCACCAAAUUCUGAUUCUUUAAAGACACCAACAACAGUUUCUGAUGAAAUUGUUCUACCUGACGCCAAUCCAGCCAAUGAUGUCUUACGACUUUCCGCUGAUGACGUAAUCAAAAUGGUUGAACAUCACCCCCAAAAAGACGAGAUUAUUUCAUCAAUCAUCAAAAAAUAUAUGUCGCUGUCUUUUACUGUAAACGGAAAGGUAUUUCCUUUUCCUAUUCCGAAUGAUUUGUAGUUAGAAAUCAAGUCUAUGUUUUACCGUACAAACGAAUCAACGAAACAUAAUCCAUACCCGAGUUUUUAAGGCGAAAUAUUUCUUCUGCUCAUUUCCCUUGUUCAUAGGUGUAAUACACGGUUUUUUAAUUUUA